UUCAAACAAAACCCCUCAAUGUUUUCUGUUUUGUAUUUUCUGGGUUGAUGAUUUGAUCUUUAUCUUCCAAUUUUUGUAGCAAUGGCGACAAGGAAUCGAAUUAGGGUUUUCCAAAGUUACAGAGAUACCUUGAACGAGAACCGUAUACCCUUCACUUCUUCAAAUGAUUCCGGUGGUCCAGUAAUCGAAAUGGCUACUACUUCUUUUCUCAAUUCUAAUCGUUCUUACGCUCCUCUAAGCACCGAAGAUGAUCUGGGUCCUUCUACAUCCAGAGAUGCAUUUACAGUGGGCUUACCUCCAGCAUGGGUUGAUGUUUCUGAAGAAGUUGCAGCUAGCAUACAUCAGGCCCAAGUAAAAUUGGCAGAACUAAAGAAGUGCCAUGCUAAAGCUCUGACUCCAUCUUUUGGUGAUGGAAGAGAAGAUCAAAAUGUGAUAGAGGUUCUGACCAUGGAGAUUACAGAUAUAUUAAGGAAGUCAGAGAAGAGAUUACAGAAGCUUUCAGCAAGUGGUUCUUGUGAGGAUUCAAAUGUUAGAAAAAAUGUACAGCGUUCUCUGGCUACAGACCUUCAAAACCUUUCUGUUGAGCUCCGGAGGAUGCAAUCAUUGUAUCUUAAACAGUUACGGCAGCAAUCAGAGGCACAUGAUGGACUUGAUUUGGAGAUGAAUGAAAAGAAGUCUAGCUUUCUGGAUGACGAUUUCAAUGACGUGGGGUUCACUGAACUGCAGGUGGCCACUGGUCAGAAGGAUGAGCAGUUCACGGCAGAGAGAGAAAGAGAGAUUAGACAGGUCCUUAAAUCAGUUAAUGAGCUUUCCCAAAUCAUGAAGGAUCUGUCAGUCCUAGUUAUUGAUCAGGGGACAAUAGUUGAUCGGAUAGACCACAAUGUUCAAAGUGUAUCUGCAUCAGUAGAGGAAGGUUUCAAACAACUACAGAAGGCAGAGAGGUCUCAGAGGAAGGGGGGAAUGGUGAAAUGUGCGACUGUUCUUGUUAUCAUGUGCUUCGUUAUGCUAGUCCUGUUGGUCCUUAAGCAUAUUCUCUUAUAAACUUUUCCCCCCUUUUUCUUGGGUAUAACUAGGGCUGUAGUUCUUUCUAUGCCAAAAUUGUAGUGUGCUACACCUAUUGGGGAGUUUUCUGGAGGAAGCCCAUUAGCUCACUGCAGAGGUAACAUGUUGGAGCGGUUAGAUGUACAUAUUUGAUUACAAUUGAAUUUAUGUGCUGGUUUGCAACUUGUACCUGUAAAAAUGUUGGUUACUACUUCCAAAUGAUAAUAGGAGUCGUCGCAUU